AUGAACCAAGCUCCCCCUCCCUCCGCCCCGAGGCAUUGUGGGAGGAAACAAGAUGUGGGGCGAGAGCGGCGCGGGGAGAAGCCCGCAGUGCGGGGCCGGGCGGGCGCAGCCAAUGGGGAGCGCGGACGGCGGCGCGCGCGGCGGGGGGGCGGGGGCGGGGCGCUAUUUCUGUGGGGGCCGCGCGUCGGCCGUGCUCAGCGGCAGAGCGGAGCGGAGCUGCGAGGCGGGAGCAAGGAUAAGGCGGCGGGCCGGCGGGCGCGAGGCGGAGAGCGGGUGCCCGGGGAAGCUCGAAGGGCGGACGGCGGCGGCGAGCGAUCGGCCCAGGGCCGCGGGAGCCGGAGACCGCGGCGGCGGCGGCAGCUGCUGCUGCUGCUGGAGGAGCCGAGGGGACACCGCCCCUGCCUGCGCCCGUGCCGAGGCCAUCGCUGCUCUCCCGAGGCCCCGCGCGGACUAGCCUCCGUGAAGGUGAGCGGUGGGUGGGGGAGUCCCCUUGGUGGCGGCCCGCGGCGGUCGCGUGCAGCCCCACGCGCGAGGCCCAGCCCCGAGGCCCGGAGCCGAGCUGGCCUCGGCGUGACGCCCUCGGGGCCCCUCCUUCCCGGAGCUGCGCCACCCCGUGCCCUCGCGACCCUCGGGCGCGGCCGGAGGCCCGGGGCUGCGGAGGUGCGGCUCCCUGCCUCCUUCCCGUCCCCUCCCCUCCCCGGAGUCUCCCGGCGCUGCGUGGAGGCCUCUGGUGUUUGGGGCCGAGGGAGAGGGGGUGGAGAGGGCUCGGGUGUGACGCGGCGCCUCCUGCCGCCGCCGCCGCCACACUCCGGGGCGUCCUUCCUGCGGCGAGGACGCCCAGUCACUCCGGCGCUGCUCCAGGCCGGGCGGGGGAGGGCGGCUGACCGGCCGGGGCGGAGGUGGCGGGGAGGAUGCUUUCUCAUGCCCCAGGAGCCCCUGGCUUUCGACCGAGGCAGCUGGCCUGGGGCCCUCCGGUCAUCUUUCUGAACGGAGGCCCAGGUCCCUUGCUUGUUUUCCCAGGAGGGAGGUGCGUAUGCCGGGCACCUCCGUGUCCUUUUCUCACUGGCACCUUGGACACGGCAGGUUGGGGCUAGGCCUCACCCCUCAGACGCCUGGGGGGCCGGGGGUGAAGAAUCGUAGCAUUGUAGUCACAAGACCAACGUUAUGUAACCGCAGGCACUCUCCUACUAGAGAGUAAAGUGGCUUUUAAUUACUGUGACAGAGUUGUUCCUUUGGACUUUGGGGAUGAGGCCGGUGGAGCAGGUGAGGUUGCUGGGAAAACCAGUGCCAAUUUCACGCUUUAACUUCAGUGUCUUACCAGGCCCCACCCCCACCCUUGCGUUUGUAAACAGUGCCCCCUUCUGAGUGGUAACCUGGAAUAGGCCAUCAGGUGACACUAGUUUUCUUCAAAUAGUCAGUCUUAUAAUACUCAGAACAUUCUUUCUCUGUAGUUGUGUAUCUGCUCAAACUCAUUGAAGUUGCCCCAUUUAUCUUCUUUCAACCAUGGGUUUUUAGAAUGAAGGUAUUGCUUUGCCCAAGGUCAUGUAGCUAGUCAGGCAUUGAACAAGGUUCUCCUAACCUUUUCCUCAGCACCUGGUGAUGCUCAGGUACUUCUUGGGGUGUGGGGUCGGAUUUUUCUGGUCCACUAACUUUCCUCUGCCAGUCUCUGCUGAAAUAGAGCCAGCCCUGCUUAGUUUGAGGUGCCUUGGGUGCGGUCAAGGACUGUGUGGUUGGCAGCUGGCAUAUAUGCUUUCUUUGCAUUGGGUACAGGCUAAAGGAGUAAUCGUGAGUUCUGCUUUCCCUUUUAGUCCACCCAGCACACAGGCUAUUGUGGGCGCAGAGAUCAAGGUGG